GCCCUCAGCCUCACUAGAUGUCCUGAGCCUGGACGGAGGGAGGAAGGCUUGGAGGGCUGCAGGGCUGAGGAGGGUAGGUGACCUGCUGGCCCAGGGUCCUGGGCAAGCCAGCCAGACCUCCCCAUCUGGCGCCUCAGUCCAGCCUAAGUCCCGCCCUCGCCGCACCCCUGACUCACUUCCUUUGCAUAGAAGCGGAAACCUCUCGGAGCUUCCUCUGUUCAUCUCAGGACGCUCCCUGGGGACCCGCAGGUGUUGCUGCCCACCAGGCUUGAGCUGGCCCAGCCAGGCCCCUGACCCCACCUCAACCCUCACCAGGAAGCCGGCAUUUUCCGCUUCCUGAGUCGUGGGCCUCAUCGUCUGGUGGCGGCAGGGUGCUGCCCUGGGGACUGAGGGCCAGCAGGAGCCUGACCUCACACAGCUGCAGGGAGGGCGACCUGCAUGCCGAGCGCAGCCCUUGCGCCAUGGACCGCAGCCAGCCCAGCCUGGAGCCCGCGGCCAUGGCCCCCGGCGCCCCCGGCCCGAGCGUGAUCGCGCCCGUGCGCGCCGUGGUGCGACUGCGCCGCCGUGUGUGCCUCCUGCGCAAGCGACGCCUCCCGCCGCCGGGCCAGGCGCCGGACUCUGGGCCCCAGGCGCCGCGCGCGGAGCCUAACCAGCCGCGAUUCUUCACCUUCGACGGCCCCGCCGAGCUGUCCUCGAGGACGCCGCGCAAGAGGCGCCGGCGCAGCCGCGUGGUGCUCUACCCGGAGACCUCACGCAAGUGCCGGCCGCGCGCGGAGCACCGGAGCCGCGCGCAGUGCUGCCUGUUGUUGCUCGUGGCCAUCGUGGGCUUCCAGGUGCUCAACGCCAUCGAGAACCUAGACGAUAACGCUCAGCGCUACGACCUGGACGGGCUGGAGAAGGCGCUGCAGCGCGCCGUGUUUGGCCAGCCGGCUGCCGUGGGGCGCAUCGUGACGCUGCUGCGGGACUACCUGGCCACGCACGUGCACAGCCGCCCGCUGCUCCUGGCACUGCACGGGCCCAGCGGUGUGGGCAAGAGCCACGUGGGCCGCCUGCUGGCGCGCCACUUCCGCGCGGUGCUCGAGGACGGCGCGCUUGUACUGCAGUACCACGCGAAGCACCACUGCCCCGAGCCGCGCGCCGCGCAGGACUGCCGAGAGGAGCUGGCGCAGCUCGUGGCCGACGUGGUGGCGAGGGCCGAGGCGGAGGAGAAGACCCCGCUCUUGGUGCUCGACGAGGUGGAGCUCAUGCCGUCGGCGCUGCUGGAUGAGCUGCACGGCUUCCUGCAGCCGCAGCGCUCCCACCCCUUCCAUAACGCCAUUUAUGUGCUGCUCAGCCGCACCGGGGGCGCGGAGAUCACGCGCUUCGUGCUGCAGAACGCAUCCCGGGCGCUGCCCCUGCGCCCCGACGGUGCCCACAGUGCCCAGGCCGCGGCGGCCGCGCGGGCUGAGGAGGAGCUGCGCGCCAGCCUGCAGGCGCUCCUGGUUCGUGAGCACCCGCUGUGGCAGGUGGCGGCCAUUGUGCCCUUCCUGCUGCUGGACAAGCGGGACGUGGUCAACUGCUUCCGGGACGAGAUGGCCGCGGAGGGCUUCUUCCCGGAGCAGGCCCGCGCCGAGCUCCUGGCGGCGCAGCUUAGCUACCACCAAGUGGCGGGCCGCGAGUUCGCCGUCACUGGCUGCAAGCAGGUGGUGGCCAGGGUGAACCUCUUGUAGCACAGGCGCAGCUGGACACGGUGGACGCUAGCAGGACCAGGGGACGUUUGGGUUGAUGGCGGCAGUAGGAGGGAGGGGACCCUGUGGACUUGCCCCAGGUCCCUGAAUCCCCUAAUAAAUCUGUCGGUGGCCCCCUGGCUGGUUCACACUGGGACCUAGGGAAGCUGGUGGGGGUGGGUCAGCUCUGAGCUCCCACUUCUAAUUCCAGCCGCCUCAGAGCCCCCAGUCUACCAUCUCCGGUCUGAUCCUUAACUCAGCACCUGCUGUGUGCCCCACAUGGCAGGCACCCCAGGAGGUGGGCAGCCUGACGCCACAGUACAGAGGAUGAGUGACCUCAGAGAGGGUGCGCAGCUGCCAGGGUCACCCAGCUGAUCCCCUUCAGAGCUAGAUGUGACCUUGGCUCUGUGGGGUGCCUGCAGCAGCCAUCGCACACACCAGCCCCCCCCUGCUCACUGACUCACCUGGGGGCCCAAAGGCCUGGAUGCUUCUCCAUUGCCUGACCAGUGCGGACUGCCUGGAUUUCUUGUGGCCUCUGGGCCAGGAGCUCCUGGAAGGCCAUGGGGUGGAUGGGUGUCUCCACUCAAUGAGCUGAUCCAGUGGAGUCUUCUGAAUGCUCUGGAAGGGGGGACUCUCAGGGUAACAGUGGU